AUGAACGACAAUUCAUUGAAAUCGGAUACUUUUAUUGUGUCUGCCGUUUUUGUCAUGUCGAAUAAACUCGAGCAGCGUGUUUGCAUUAAAUUUUGCGUUAAACUCGGUAAAUCAGCGACUGAGACUUUUGAAAUGAUUAAAAAAACAUUUGAAGAUGAAGCGAUGAGCAGGUCUAAAAUAUUUGAAUGGCAUAAAAGGUUUAUUGAAGGUCGCGAAGACAUUAAUGAUGACUCUCAUGCUGGACGAUCUUCAAUAUCAAGAAGUUUGGAAAUGGUGGCAAAAGUACGAAAAAUUAUUCGAUCAGAUCGACGAAUGACGAUAAGAGAACUUUCUAGUGAGUGUAACAUUUCUUCUGGAUCAUGUCAAACUAUUUUGACUGAAGAUUUAGGCAUGAGACGAGUCUGUGAAAAAUGGUCCCGAAAUUGUUGUCUCAAGAUCAAAAAAAUCAUCGAAUUGAAUUGUACCUCACCCUCUUACUCACCAGACCUCGCCCCUUGUGAUUUUUUUUUAUUUCCAAAAAUUAAAACUGACCUCAAAGGACAAAGAUUUGAUGAUAUUGAGACAAUAAAAAAGAAUGUGGUAGAUCAACCCAAACAACUUAAGGUUGAAGACUUCCAACACUGCUUCAAAAAGUGGCAGGAGAGAUGGGACAAGUGUAUAACAUCGGGCGGUGAAUACUUUGAAGGAGACUAA